AGCAUACUUUCAAGAGAGUCAAAUUUGGUGGCUAAUAUGUUGCAAGCUUUUGUUAAUGGAACCUUAAAUGUUAGGACCCAACCAAGAAAAUGGACCUUUACUCCAUGAGGUCUGCACCCUGGUCGAGUACCCCUCUUGCCGAAGUCGGGUUGUAUCGAUGUCGUGCCGAGGAAGUUUCCGACACCGCUAGCGUCAGUGGCGGCGGUGGUACGAUGUACUUUCCUCCAAGUAUUGAGUUUUACGAGGAUUCCGUCCCCUCUGAGAGUGGGUUUGUUUCGAAAUGGCGGCUUAAAGACCGAACGAUGACAGAAAUGGCAGCUCUUGUUCUAUGUCUAAAUAUCAAUUGUGACCCACCUGACGUUAUUAAGAUAUCUCCAUGUGCGAGGUUGGAGUGCUGGAUAGACCCAUUGGCCGUGCCACGUCAAAAAGCACUGGAAGCCAUUGGAAUGGCCCUUAAGUUGCAAUAUAAAAGAUGGCAACCCAAGGCUCAGUAUAAGUACCAGCUUGAUCCGACUGUAGAAGAAGUGAAGAGACUUUGUAAUACUUAUCGUAGCUUUGCAAAGAAAAAGAGAAUUUUGUUUCACUACAAUGGACAUGGAGUACCAAAACCAACGAGUGAUGGUGUAAUGUGGCUCUUAAAUAGGAGUUAUACGCAAUAUAUCCCCUUGCGAGCCACUGAAUUGGAUUCCUGGCUAAAAUCACCUUCAAUCUAUGUGUUUGAUUGUUCUGCUGCUGGAAAUAUAGUUAAUGCUUUCAUAGAGCUUAUCGAUGCUUCUAUUUCCUCUGGUGCUGCAAAGGAUUGCAUCUUGCUUGCAGCUUGUGAAGCUCAUGAGACCCUUCCUCAGAGCGCUGAGUUUCCUGCUGAUGUUUUCACUUCUUGCCUUACAACACCUUUGCAGAUGGCCUUGAGAUGGCUCUGCAAACGAUCCUUGCUUCACGAAUCUCUUGAUCAUUCACUCAUAGACAAUAUUCCUGGUCAUCUAAGUGAUCGUAAAACACUUCUUGGUGAGCUUAAUUGGAUAUUUACAGCAGUAACUGACACAAUUGCAUGGAAUGUUCUCCCACGUGAUCUUUUUCAGAGGUUAUUCAGACAAGAUCAGUUAGUUGCCAGUCUGUUCCGCAACUUCUUACUAGCAGAGAGAAUAAUGCGUUCAGCCAACUGCUCUCCAUUUUCAUACCCAAUGUUGCCGCCAACUCAUCAGCAUCAUAUGUGGGAUGCAUGGGACAUGGCUGCUGAAAUUUGUCUUUCUCAACUUCCAUCACUGAUUCAUGAUCCAACUGUGGAGUUCCAGCCUAGCCCUUUCUUCACCGAGCAGUUGACAGCAGUUGAAGUAUGGCUUGACCAUGGAUCUGAGCAAAAGAAGCCACCGGAGCAGUUGGCUAUUGUUCUUCAGGCCCUAUUUAGUCAAUGUCAUCGUUUCCGGGCGCUGGAGCUUCUUGCGAGAUUCCUUGAUAUGGGUCCCUGGGCUGUUGACUUGGCAUUGUCUGUUGGUAACUUGCCAACUCUUCUUAAGCUGUUGCCAACUGCAGCGCCUGAACUACAACAAACUCUUGUUUUCAUUUGGAGUAAAAUUCUUGCUCAUGAUAAGUCAUGUCAGGUUGAUCUAGUGAAAGUUGGAGGUCAUACAUAUUUUAUUAGAUUUCUUGACAGCUUGAAAGCCUUUCCUGAGCAGCGUGCUAUGGCUGCAUUUGUUUUAGCCGUCAUUGUUGAUGGGCAUAAAGAGGGACAAGAGGCUUGUAUUGAAGCUGGUUUACUUGAUGUGUGCCUUAAGCACUUUCAAGAUUCAACUCCGAACAAUGCUCAGUCUGAACAUUUAUUUCUUCAGUGGCUUUGUCUCUGUCUGGGAAAGAUGUGGGAGGGCUUUACAGAGGCUCAGUUACUAGGUUUACAGGCAGGUGCUGCUGUGAUAUCAGCGUCUCUACUGUCUAAGCCCCAAUCUGAGGUUAGAGCCUCUGCUGUAUUUGUAUUGGGAACUUUUCUUGGUGUUGGAUUUGACUCUUCUAGAUAUGGAGGGGAUGAGUGUGAUGAUGAUGAAAAGCUAAAAGCUGAAAUUACUAUUAUCAGAAACCUUUUAAGUGUUGUUUCAGAUGGAAGUCCUCUUGUCAGGGCUGAGGUUGCAGUAGCUCUAGCUCGGUUUGCUUUUGGCCAUAACAAGCAUCUCAAAUCUGUUGCUGCAAUGUAUGGGAAAUCACAGCCAAACACUGGGGUCAGUACUCCGGGAAGUAUCAUUACUUCUCAAAUUGGUAUGUUGAGGAUUGGGGGUGACAGUACUCUAAUUGUUCGAGAUGGGAGAGUCUCCACAAGUAAUCCACUGGCUACUACUGGAAUAAUGCACGGGUCUCCUCUUUUAGAUGAUUCAUCUCAAUAUUCUGAUUCUGGUGCAUCAAAUGAUGGUGUCGGCAAUGGAAUAAUGAACCAUGUUAGACCUAGACCUCUUGAUACUAGUGUUUAUUUGGAUUGCAUAUUAUCCAUGUGUACAUUAGCAAAGGACCCAUCUCCUCGCAUUGCAAGACUUGGGCGGAGAGUUCUCUCUAUCAUUGGCAUUGAACAGGUUGCAAGACCCAACAUGCCCUCCACUAGCAAUGCUCGGCCAAGUGAGCCUAUCACUUCUGCUGCUGUGCGGCUUUCUGGACUAGCUCGAUCAUCAUCAUGGUUUGAUAUGAAUUCUGGUCAUUUUCCAUUAACUUUCAGAACUCCACCUAUUAGCAUUCCUAGAGCGAGUUGCUUGACAAGAAUAAGAAGAGUUUCUUCCUCGGAGUUUCGACCACACUUGCUCAACUCUCCAGAUUUAGGGUUGGCAGAUCCAUUAGGUUAUGGUGGGUCUGAUGCUAAUACUGAGUGCAGUCUUCUUCCACGGUCAAACAUAUAUAAUUGGAGCUGUGGGCACUUCUCAAAACCUCUUCUUACGCCACCAGAUGAUGCUGAAGAAUUGUUAGCUAAGAGGGAAGCAAAGGAAAGAUCAACCUUGGACCUCAUAGUGAAAUGCCAGAAUUAUUCAGUUAGCAAGCUAUAUAAUCAGAUUGCAAGCUGGGAUACCAAGUUUGAAAAUGGUACAAAAACCACCUUAUUACAACCUUUCUCUCCUGUUGUGAUUGCAGCGGAUGAGAAGGAACAGAUUAGGGUUUGGAACUACGAGGAACCAGCCCUUUUGAAUACUUUUGACAAUCAUGAAUUUCCUGACUCUGGAAUUUCUAAGCUCUGCCUUUUGAAUGAACUUGAUAGCUUGCUUCUUGUUGCUUCUGGUGAUGGAAAUGUUCGAAUAUGGAAAGACUACAUGGAAAUGGGGAAACAGAAGCUUGUGACUGCCUUCUCUUCUCUGCCUGUUCAUGGACCUACUGUUUGUAAUUUGAAUGCUAAUGUGGAUUGGCAACAACAAUCUGGAUACCUAUUUGUGGCUGGGGAUGUACCUUCAAUUAAGGUCUGGGAUCUUGACAAAGAACAACUUUUGCAUUCCAUUCCUUCAUCCCCUGAUAACAGUAUAUCAGCACUGGCUGCUUCUCAAGUUCAUGGAGGUCAAUUUGCUGCUGGGUUCGCUGAUGGCUCAGUCAGAAUCUUUGACAUUAGAACACCUGAAAUGCUUGUUUGUGCUGCCCGCCCGCAUAUCCAGAGAAUUGAAAGAGUUGUGGGAAUCGACUUUCAACCAGGGCUAGAUGUGGGCAAGAUUGUCAGUGCAUCUCAGGCUGGUGAUAUUCAGUUCUUAGAUAUUAGAAAUCACAGCGAUGCAUACCUCACAAUUAAUGCCCACAGGGGCACACUCACAGCCUUAGCUGUUCAUCGGCAUGCUCCAAUUAUAGCCAGUGCUUCUGCAAAGCAGCUUAUUAAAAUCUUCAGUUUAGAAGGUGAGCAACUAGGCACCAUUCGAUGUCAUCCAACAUUCAUGGCUCAGAGGAGUGGAUCUAUAAGCUGUCUUACUUUCCAUCCCUAUCAAGUGCUACUUGCUGCUGGAGCUGCCAAUCCUUUUGUUUCCUUAUAUGCCGCUGACAAUAAUCCCACAAGAUGAACAUGUGUACAAGACAAAACAUGGGGACUUGAUUGAAAUCUAUGUUGAAGAUGCUGGUAGUGGUGAUGCAUUAGUCAUGCCACUAUGAUCUCAUACCGAGUAUAAUGGAGCUGUGGAGGUUGGCUUUUGGAGUUCGGUUUUUCUGCUGCACAUUCAUUAGCCCCCAUGUAAAUUUCAAGCCGGAUGGAAUAGAGUCCAUUAAUUCCAGGGAGGCUUUGGCUAGUUAAUAAGCUUGCUAUAUAGGCAAUGACGGUGUACAUAUGUAAAUGCCUUGUGUCUGUGUCCAUCAUUUGAUAUUAUGUCUUAUUAUUUUCACAUUUUUCUGUAAAGGGAGGGGUUUUGUAAUGUUUUUCUUUCAAUUUUUUCAAUUUUUUUUAGGACAAUGAAUAUGGGUGACUGAUCCACACGAUUGAGUCGUUAGAGGGAUGUUGUUGCAUAUACGAGUAUAUAUACAUGUAGCUGAUUACGAAUUUACGAUUGCUUUUGUUGUAGAGGGGAUGCUUGAAAACCAAUACGUAAAAUUCUGUUUAUAGAAAUUGUUUAAAUUGUGAAUGUAGAAUUCUUCUUUAUCA